AUUGCGCGCACGCUGGAAAACGACGAUGUCCAGAGAUCAGUUUUCCCGCAUGCGUAUGGCAAGUCGCCGAGGGAUGGAGCCGCGGGCAUCGGUAUCGCGCAGCGGAGUGUCGUGUAGAAAGCGCGUAGCGACAGCGGACUGCAGUGAGUCAUGACGCACCUGUGCGCGCACCUGUUUGGAUAAGAUUCGGACCCCGCAUAGGAUUCUGAAGCGUAAGGUGGACGAGGGAGGGUAGAAAUCAAAUCUUACUGGGUCGUGGUAGUGAGAGAUGAACAAAAACCGCCGUGUGGCGAAUAAUCAAGUUCUGAACACCGUGGAAGUAAAAAGCAAGUUUGGAGCUGAGUUCCGGCGGUUCUCCCUGGAGCGCUCGGCGCUGGGCCACUUCCAUGAGUUCCUCGUGCUCUUGCAGCAUGUGCACCUCAUCCCCAACGAGGACUUGCUGGUGAAGUACGCCGACCCCCAGGGGCUUCUGCUGCCUAUUAACAAUGACGGCAAUUACCACAAAGCCAUUUCCUCUGCCCGACCUCUGCUGCGUUUAUUCAUACAGAGGACAGAGGAAGCCAACCAGUACAUGUUUGUCACGGACGCAACCACAUGGAAGCAAAGGGCCCUGGCCACAGUGUUUUCACAGGGUCCAAAACUGCAGAAGCACGGUGUGGUCAUUAGCCAGCCUUGGGACUUCCGGCCUGUGUCCUCAGUGGUGGAUGUGAGCGUGUUGCCCGAGUGGAUGCGGCGCGUCAGGCUGCAUCGGCGUGGCUCCGACCGCCCACUGGGCUUCUACAUCCGCGACGGCACCACCGUGCGACUCACCCCCCAGGGUCCCGAGAGGGUCCCAGGCGUGUUCAUCUCGCGCGUGGUGCCGGGGGGCCUGGCCGAGAGCACCGGGCUGCUCGGCGUCAACGACGAGGUGCUGGAGGUCAACGGCGUUCCAGUGGCGGGCAAAUCUCUCCACCAGGUGACCGACAUGAUGAUCGCGAACAGCCACAACCUAAUCGUGACGGUCAUGCCCGCCAACCAGAGCUACAAUGUGGUGCGGGCCCCUGCAGCCGGUUCCAGGAGGUCCCUUGGCACAUAUCAGAACUUCCUCCUUGAGGAGGAGGAAGAUGAGAAGAGCGAGCUAGAGAAGGAGGGAGAGGAAAGUGAAGAGGAAGACUUGGUGGUGGAGGCAGGCUGGGGGUCGAGACCUGUCCCUCGCUAUGAGUUGCAUAUGGGCCUGAAGCAGAGUGGGCCAGUGGGCCCCAGCAGCAGCCUGGGCUCCCUAAGCAUAUCAGACAGUGAGCAAGGAGAGUUAGAGGAAAGCAGUCUGGAGGAGGAGGGCACAGUCCUGACACUAUAGUCAGACACGGACAGGCGGAAAACAAAAACUCUAAUCCUGUCAACACAACUGUGAAGGUCACAAUACUCAUAAUAAUGCUCUCAGACCCUAUACCACCAAAAACAAUUCACCUGGGGGGGGUGAAUGCACACCCUCCCCUCUCAAACUCAUGUCUGAUUUUAAUCAAACUUGAUCUUACUCCUCAAAAUAUAUUUUAUAUUGUUUGGUGAUACUGCUCUUGUUUUGAAAUAUCUAGUAAUAACAGAAAUCCUAGUUUUCAAUACUAAACGAUUGAAUGAUUCUGAAUGAGAAUGAAGUGAUGAAAAGUUACCAUCAGCUAUUUUUAAUAAAAAAUUAUUUUAAUAA